AUGGUAUAGACUAGGUAUUUCAUUCUACAAGUGGAAUUGAGAACAUGACACUCAUCGAUAGUGAAAAUCAUAUAACUAGGUAGAUUCAGAUUUCCUGAAAAACAAUGAUAACCUUACAAUGAGUAAUUACAGUUUUGUUUAAAUUUUUGUGUGGCUUUUGGUGACUUUUUUUUGUGUACGCUAGUUGUGCCAUUCCCAGUCACAAGCACGGGCAUAUCAACUCUCAUCCAAUGUAAACAUCACCAAUAUCGCAUCUCUCACAUUUUAUUAUACUUUUAUUCAUCGCAAAUCGCCAGAGAAUGGAAUGUGAUUUGUCACCCGAAGAAAAAGUUUGUGCUUUAAAAGCAUGCGGUAUUCUUCAAAACAACAGUGUGCAGGAUAACUUACAUUUCCAUGUCUGUAAACAAUCUGAUACAUUGACCCUUCGAGCAAACUGGACUACUGUUGCUGAAGUUGAUCAUUUUUUAAAAUACAUGAAUGAUACAUGUCAUAUAACAUGGCGUGUAUUAAGAACAUCCCCCAAAGAUAUGUCCGCAGGAACAAGAAAUAUAUUCUACACACAAUAUAGAUGUCAAAGCUCGAAUAUGCGAGUCAGAAGUGAUACCAAAAAGCCGCACUCGAAGCAUACAAAUUGUCAGGCUAGAAUGCAAAUCACCGUGAAAAGAAUUGGCCAUAGGUGCAGGUCCAAAGAUCACCACCUUCCAAAGUUCCCAACUAUUAUCAAAUUUCUUUCAACGCAUAAUCAUGCAUUUCAAUGUGCUGAUCAUUUAAAAUACAAGGAUGUGUCCGAUGAAAUUUGUGCAAAGUUUAUUGCGUUAUUUGAAAAUGGUCAUAGUCCAAUGUCUGCUCUUGAUACUCAUAAAGAGGAUUUGUUUGCAGAAUACGGCGAUGAGGAAUAUUUUAUUCACAUUUCUGAUCGUUCUGAAUGCCCAGAUCUGCAAUGGUGUUAUCGAUUAUAUAAUUCAAUUCGGACUUCAGUGUCUGGCAUGUAUUGUGAUGAUGCUGAAAAAGAGAGCUCACUAUUAUGCACUCAUUUACCAGAAAUUCAGAAAAAUUAUGCCGAAUAUAUUGAAUUUAGUCUUUAUGAACAGAAACCAGUUGUUGCAAUUGUAACUCCUUUUAUGAAAAGAAUUCACCAGAAGUGGCCGUACAGUGCUGAGCUUGCGUUUGUUGAUUCAACUGAGAAUUUUGACAGACAACAAUACAGAGUAUUCGUUUUACUUACUCACAGCUUUAUUGGUGCACUGCCUCUUGGAAUUAUUGUAACUACUACAGAGAAAGCUGAUGCUGUGUCCUUGGGUAUCAACAUGAUGAAAAAAUUGAUCGGACAAGGUGCCUUUUUUGGAAGUGAACAAGGUCCAAAAAUUAUCAUAGCUGGUCACUCUUCAUCAGAACGAAAUGGUUUACGCUGCGCUUUUCCUCAGGCCAAUGUAUUGCUGUGCAUUUUCCUUAUAUUACGAAGUGUUUGGAGAUUCUUAUAUAAAAGUGAAAAUGGUGUUCAAAAAAAUGAUAAAAAUGAAAUUUAUCAUUUAUUCAAGGCCCUCGUAUAUGCAAAUGAUGAAGGUGAGCUGCAAAAGAAGUACAUGCUGAUGGUACAAAAUCACACUAUGAAUAAAUACCCUGAGGUGGGACGAUAUUUCAGUGAUUAUUGGAAUAUUCGUGAAGAAUGGGCUCUGUGCUUUUGGAAAGAUGGUGUAGUCCGAGUAAAUGAUACAAACAGUUAUGCCGAAUCAGCCAUGCGUAUACUCAAGGAAAAAAUUUUUCAUCGGAAACGAGCAUUUAAUGUCAUUCAGUUGAUCGAUUUUAUCUUAACGAGGUUAGACAAUUACUACAAACGAAAAAUGAUUGAUUUUGCCUCUGGAAAAAAUGUAUGUACUCAGACACACUACAAAAUUGACCCGAAAAAACUACUUGAUCUUGAUUACCGCACCAUUUCUGAGAAUGUGCACGUUGUGAUUAAUUCCAAGAAGAAUACAGCCUACACUGUUGAUUCCAGUAUUGGGAUAUGUACCUGCUACAUGGGAAUAAAUGGCGCUCCCUGUAAACACCAGAGCUUUGUCUUAACCAAGUUGAAGCGUAAUAGUGAUAAUUCUUAUCUUGGCGCUGAAAAUGAGGAGCAGAGGCUUGCAUUGCAAGCAUUAGCUACAGGAACAACUGCGAAUGUACCUCCUGGCUGGUAUUUACCUACAACUAAUGAUGGUCGCAUCAAAAACGAUCAAAUUGUACCUACUGCUGCCGAUUCUACUUCAACUGAUUUGAAUUUCUGUGCAUCAAAUUCAACAUCACAAACUGGUAGCAUUGAAAUUAUUGAAGAACCUUGCAAUUCUGCUCAACUUGAUGUGAUUGAUACAAAUGCUGAUGUUUCUAUUCCUGGAGAUUUCCUUGAGAAGAAACUGGAAACUUUUGAGAUGAGAAUUCGACAAGUAUGCCAGACAAAAAGUGGCUACGUGGCCACUCAGAAUUUUUUUAAACACUUCGAAAAACUUAGCACAGAUGCCUCGAUUGAAUCAGCAUUCGAUCAGUUUGCAAAACAAAUACGUAAGAAUAAAAGAGGAGCGAUCCAUGUGCAGUCUACUUCAAUUGCUAGAAGGAAAUCACGUGUAGGUGGUGUAGGUAGAGUACGGAGUGGAAGACCCUUGAAAAGAUCAUACAAUCACGGAUGUGGUGAACACCAAUAUGCAAAAACCAACGCAAAACGGAACAAAGCACCGCAUUGACUUUCAUUACUGUGUUACAGAGAACAUAGCUCUUGGCACUUGAUUUGCUUUUACGUUUAUUCUAAUUUGUACCUAAUCUAAUUAUUUUGUUUGCUGUUUAGUGAAGUUUCUUUUGUUAUUUUCAAGUUCACCAUUUUUUAUAGAUACUUACCCACUAAUUAUACUUGAAAAGUUGGAAAAAAUACAGUUGCAAAUGCC